AUGGCUAAUAACCAUCAUCAUGAGAGGUCUAGUGGCAUAGGUCGUUUUACCAGUUUAGCUCCAGGAACAUUGGAUGAUACUCCAGCAGACAUCAAUGUUGGUGUGCGAAAAAAUGUUGGAGUAAGACCUUUAGGUGGGAAAAAGCAACUACAAAAUUAUGUAACUUUUGAAGAUGCACAAUAUGAAGCAGGAACAGGAAGAUAUCAAUGGAUAUUACUGAUAGUUUGUGGUAUGGUAAAUAUGGCUUGUGCUAUAUCUACCACGUCUAUUUCGUUCAUAACUCCAGCAGCUGAAGUUGACUUUGAUUUAACAUCUACAUCUAAAGGCUUAUUAAAUGGAGCUCCAUUUCUUGGAAUGUUACUCGGAGCAUAUUUUUGGGGAAUUUGUAGUGAUAUAAAUGGCAGACGAUUUGUUAUACUUGGUUCAAUGGGAAUGGAUGCACUAUUUUCUAUUAUAUCAUGUUUAAUUCAGCAUAUUGUUUUCUUCAUUUUAGUUAGAAUCGGUAACGGUUUUGCCAUAAUAGGCGCUACUUGUAUGAUAUAUGUAUAUCUUGGUGAAUUUUUAACUGCUGACAAAAGAGAUGGAUAUCUUCUAGGACUUGAAAUAUUUUGGGCUAUUGGAAUGAUUGUAUGUCCCGGAGUUGCAAUGUUUGUGAUACCUAAUAAAUUUCUUACUUGGAUACCACACCCCAUUUUCAAAUUCAACAGUUGGAGAGUAUUUAUUUUUUUGUCGUCUCUGCCGAGCUUAUUAGCGUUUGUGUUGAUCUAUCAAUUCCCAGAAUCACCUAGAUACUUGAUGCUUAAAGGCCGACUUAACGGAUCAAGACAUGUUUUGGAACGGGUUUAUGAAGUAAAUAACAAAAAUACUAAAAAGCCCUAUUCCGUAGAAAGUUUUACCCAAACAUACUCUGCAAUUGGAUUUGAUUCAGAGAACUUUGGUGGAAUGCCAUUUAUGAUGAACUUAAAAAUGAGACUGGUAGCUCUCAAAAAUGGACAUAAACUUCUAUUCACUGACUACUUUCGAAAUAUUUUCGUAACUUGUACAAUUGAAUUUUGUUUAAUGGCAUCAUACGUAACAGUACUCGUAUGGGUACCCGAAAUUUUCAGUAGGUAUCAUGAUUUUUUUGAACACAAUCCUUCUAAAGAGAAUGAAGAUAUAAAUAUAUGUAUUGCUUCUAAUUGGCUUUUAAAAAACCAUCACCACAUGCAUGAUGCUAACUCCCGAGUAGUAUCAGAUGAUGCUUACCAAGCUGCUUUAAUUGUUGCAUUGUCUACAUUAAUACCAGUGGUAGCUAUGGGCCUAUUGAUAAAAUGUAUAAGUAAAAAAAUUUUACUUUGGAUAAGCUGUGGAGUACCAAUAAUUGCUUCAUUAUCAAUGACAAAAACGAGAACUGUAUUUGAAGCUGAAUUCAUAUGUUGUUGGUUUGAGGGUUUCACUACACUAGUUGAACCAAUUAUAUUUUGUACAAUGGUCGAAUUAUUUCCAAGUAACGUGAGAGGUGUUGCAUUUUCUUUAACAGUAUUGAUGGGUCGUUUAGGUGCUGUAGUUGGAAUAUGUAUUUUUGGGAUAUUGAUUGACAUAAAUUGUUUCGCAACGUUUUAUCUUUUAGCUACUUUAUUAUCAAUAGCCUUUUUAGCUAUUAUUUUUUUGCCAAAAUUAAAAAUA